UGGCCCUACGUUGGACAACCGGAUGAAGCAGCUGUCUCUCCAAUGCCUGAAAGUCAAAGAUGGGAUCUGCGCAGACAGAAAAGUAGUACAAAUCGGCUGAGGUUGACGUCCCCUCGGAGCGAAGGAGGAAGCUAUCGAUUAAUUUAUACAAACUUCUCUUCUGCCUGCCAGAAGAACCUUGUGCCAAUAACUAUUUAA